AUGGCAGGGAAGGUUCAGACUGCGUUGCUGAAUGACAAUGUCACCAUCUCCUGCAAGGUCCCUGGUUUGUCACACCUGGACCCCGAAAGUGUGGGUGUUGUCUGGUUUUGGAAGAAUCAGAUGAAUAAAACAGAGGAGAUGGUGUUUUGCUUGUACGGAAACCAUCGAGAGUCUUUCCGAUCUGGAGCUUACGUGUCUCCAAGUUGGCUGGAGAGCGGGGACGCCUCACUGCAGCUGCCUGGAGUCCAGGUGUGGGAAGCAGGAGAGUACCGAUGUGUGGUGGUGAUCACUCCUGAGAAGGCCCAGGGAACAGUCUCUCUGGAGGUUGUGGCUUCCCCAGUUAUCAGCUUGUUUCUAGAGCAAGCAGUGGUGAAAGAUAAUGAUGACAAACAUAUUUUGUGCAAAGCAAGUGGGUUCUACCCAGAGGACAUUAACAUAACGUGGCAUAUAUGGACCCUGAAGAAUCGCCAGUGCCUGGAGGUUUCUGAGGACAUCACCACUUGUCCAGCCAUCAAAAAUGAAGAUGGCACAUUUAGCAUCACUAGCCGUUCAAAGCUGAAGCACUCUCUGGAACACAAUGUGAUCGCCUACCUAUGUGUGAUAAGGCACAUAUCCUUGCCCACUUCCUGGAGGUGGAACUCCACCCUGGCUGGGAGAGGUUCCCCAGUCACCAGUGUGUUUCCAGAGCAAGCAGUGGUGAAAGAUAGUGAUGACAAACAUACUUCGUGCAAAGCAAGUGGGUUCUACCCAGAGGACAUUGACAUAAUGUCGUGUAUAUGGACCCUGAAGAAUUGCCAGGACCUGGAGAUUUCUGAGGACAUCACCAUUGGUUCAGCCAUCAAAAAUGAAGUUGGCACAUUUAACAUCACUAACUGUAGGAGACCGAAGCACUCUCUGGAACACAAUGUGAUCACCUACCUAUGUGUGAUAAGGCAUAUAUCCUUGCCCACUUCCUGGAGGUGGAACUCCACCCUGGCUGGGAGAGGAUCUAAGACUGGAAAUGACUCAAGCAUCAUUGGUUGUGUUUUUUUGGUGGUUUUUGUUGUUGUUGUUGAAGGAAAUAAAUUUGUGUAG